AUACAUACAUGCUUCUGGAGCUGCAGGUCACACCUACUUGCAUAUUUAUCCAUACCAAAAUAGGAACCAAUCAUUCACCUGGUAUUACAAUACAAAUUUCGUAAAGAUCAUCUCCGUCAAAUCACCGUUGAAACUAUCUCAUCUGCAACCAACCACCCCAUUCUAUCGAAAGUUAUCCUACAUCAAUUUUCUUCUUGGUCCCCCAAUCUCACAGACAAACCCACAUCAAAAUGACUUACGACCGUCCCCGCUCCCGAGGCUACUUUGAACGCGACCGUAACGGUCACGAACGUAUCAUCUUUCGCUCAAACUCCAACUCCUGUCGUCCCACCUCUUCACAUUCACGUCGCUCUACCUCUCAACCUCGCACCAGUUCCCGCGAAAUAGCAAACGAACUUGAAGAACGCAACGCCGAACUACAUGCCGUUACCGAAUCACUCAGAAUAGAGUUAGCUGUCGUGGAAACAAGAAAUUGGCAGUUAAAUUCUGAUAAUAGUGCACUAAGAGAUAUUGUUAGAGUGUUGAAAGGGGAUAAAGAGGUUCUGGCAAUGGAUAAUGAUAAGAAGAGUAGGGAUAUUCAGUUUUUAGAGGGGAGGAUAGAUAAGUUGGAGGGGAAGAGAGAAAAGGCUGAGGUUAGGGGGGAGAAGGCGGAAGAGAGGGUUAGGAUGAUGAGGAGGGGGUUGACUGGGAGAGGGAUUUUAAGUGAGGGUGGACUAAAAGAGAGAUUGGAGGACAAAAUUGAGGAGGUGGAAAGACUUCAGGAGUUGCUUAGAGUUAUGGAUGCGAAGGUUAUUGAAAGGAAUAUGUGGUUGGCUGAAAAGGAUAAUAAGUUGGGGUUUUUGAGGAGGUGGCUUGUUGCGAGGGGAUUUCAUGUUGAGGGGGUCUGAGGGGAUUCCUGAAUGAAUUCUUUACUAGAAUGAGAAUUGCAUGAUCUAUGGUUCAGAUUCAACAGUCAAGCUGACGACGAUUUUCUAUAAAUCAUUGAUAUACAAACGAGAAGAGAGGCACAAUUACAGUUUCAUAUCACUUCAUCAACAACUUGGAUAUAGCAACAAAAAAGGAGAGAUGCUUAACCUUUUGGGCAGAUAUUAAAAUGUACGUACAAGAAGCUACACCCCACACCAAAGUUUACCCUCAGCAUCACGCGCUAAUCAUGAAUUCGAAUAGAAAAUUUUCUAUAAAAAAAAACGAGGGAGAUGGAUUUCACAACGGGCUUUUCACAUUCAAAUGAUCACAUAUCUCAACUGUUUAACUGUAGUCUGUUUGUAGUUACUUUUAAUUUAGUUUAUUUCAAUAUGAGUUUCCUUGCAGUUGUAAGAUCUUAGCUACAAUGCCGCAAAAUGAAAUAGUUGUCUAGUUUUACCUUUCUCCUGCUUCGACUUUUCUU